GCUGUCCCUGGGCAGCUCAGGUGGGGCCUUGGCUGUGGCGGAGGAGUCAUUCGGAGCCCAGCCCCUGCGGGGAAACUGAAGGCGGGGCGCGGCGGGGCGCGGCGGGACAGGGCGGAGUGGGACGCGACUGUUGUUGGCCAGCGGCUCCAGGCCUCGCGUCCACCUGUCCGCCAGCUCGUGCUGCGGUCGGUCCGCGGGUCCCGCGCCGGCCCGGGCCCAUGGCGGCGUCGGGGGCUCUGUCUGCGGCGGCGGCAGCAGCGGCCCUGUCGGGCGUGGCAGUGCGGCUGGCGCGCUCAGCCGCGAUCCGCGGCUCGUACGGCGCCUUCUGCAAGGGGCUCACGCGCACGUUGAUCACCUUCUUCGACCUGGCCUGGCGUCUGCGCAUGAACUUCCCCUAUUUCUACAUCGUGGCCUCGGUGAUGCUCAACGUGCGCCUGCAGGUGAGGAUCGAGUGAACGCCCGCCACCACCUCCGCCCGGCCACGACGGCAGGGGCAUCAGCAUGAAGGAUCACGGGGCCGGGGGCCGCCGGGACGCUCCAGGGGACGAGGAAGGGGUGGAUCAGGCCUCCGGGCCCUAGACCUCCGCGGAGGACGCAGCCACCGAGCCCUGGCUCUGGCCAGCCACGUCGCGGCCGGUGACGAACUGCACUGAAACUCUCAAAACGGGCCUUUUCCAUGGAACUCGAGAAAAUUAUCUGAAUGCAGCCGACCUGUUGCCUCACUUUGGUCGAAGGCGGGAGCAGAAGGAAGAAAUUCUUCAGUAGGAACAUGAAUGACUGACCCCGACCGAAAAGGUAGGAGGCCAGAGUUUGGACUUAAGGGCUGGAGGGAGGCGGUUGCCAUGGCAUCUAGAUGUCCAGGCCACCGGGCAGCUUCGGGGAGACGAGGAAGGGACCUGAGGAAGCCAGCCUGGAAAGCUGCCGGGCCGAGAGCAGGCAAGGCAGGGUGCACGCAGGCCCUCUGGACUCCCUUGCCAUAUAUCCAAGAUGGGGAUGGAGGGGCAGCUGCCUGGACAUAUCCGAAGGUCAGCACAUCACCUUGGCCCACGGCCCCGGUAGUGUCACCUGACCACCGGGGAAUAGAGGGAAAUGGCCCUGGAGAGGCCCGGAGAAAGCCCUAGAAGAGAGCGGAUGCUGGCCCCCUUGUCCUCCACCCCUCGAGAGACAGCCUGGAUGGAUGGUUGUGUUCUUGGCCCAAGCCCAGGUCUGUCUCUUUCUCAGCCCUUCACAAGACUUCCUCCUGGCAGGUCUCUGGGACUGCUCUCUGCCUGUUCCUACUGUCUCUGUUGCUCCUCUCCACCCUCCAAAGCUUUGCAUCAGGGGACAGGGAAGAGUGGGAAAGACGUGUUCCUCCCAGCAGCCACGCUCCCUCCACCUCCUACCAGUGCCCUCCUGGUGCCACCGAAUGUGCUGCUCCAGUCCUGGACAGCCUCCAGCAGCCCCUGUGUCCCACAGGAUUUGGGAAAGUGGGGGGUCUCGUUGAGUGGAGGGCAGCUGUCAGGCCGGGGUGGGAGAACAGAUGGAGAAGAGAUUUGUAGGGUAGGUGACAGUUGGGGAGACGAGGAUGUCUCUGGGUGAGGAGGCAACUCUCAAGUCCCCAUGUUUUUCUUGCAGGAACUGGUGUUAUAGAAGGUGAACCGCCCCUUCUGUGGUGUUGUCGAGAGAGUCAAAUCCCUGCCUGGGGCACCCCUGACCCUAGAGUUGCCUGGAGAGCAGCCAAGAGAAGGGCCUGACCCCCCCACCCCCCAGGAGAGGAAGGGCCUUCCAGGCAGAGAGCCCGAGGGGUGGAGUGACCUAGUGGUCCGGUUCUGGCAUGGGGAAGGAAGUACAGAGCUAGAGACACUCUGGCGGAGCUCUGUUCUCCCCGCCUGCCGGGCUCUGGGAAGGGAGACAUUUGCCCUUGUCACAUAGAUCACAAGUUGGGGAGCUGAACCUGCCUCUGGGCCUGCAUUCCCCACCUGCCCCCAGUCUCUGGGAGACCUGGCACAGUGGGAUGGGGGAAGGGAGCACAAGCUCCCAAGAGGUCUAGAGAGAGAAAGGCUCAUGGCAGGGAAGGUGGGGUGUAUGGCAAGUCACAGGGAAGAACCAGGGGACAGUCUAAGCUGAAAUGGUCACAGGAGAGAUGAGUCCCAGACCCCCCUGGGGAGCAAGGUCCUCACACACAGUCAGGCUUCCCCACCCCAACCCAAGGCUUAACCAAGGGUUCCUUGGUGUUGAGUGGCACAGGCCUCUCAGUUUGGGUGGGGGUGUUGGCUGGCUCCUGGGGCCAAGUGUAAUAGGAGGGAAGGGAUACAUGUGGGUGGGGUGGAGCUGAGACCCACGCAUGACCCCAUGUCUCUGUCUCCAGGCUGCCCCUCCUGCUAGGAUCACACAGGAGCGUCUGCUCUGGACGGGCCUGCAGCGGCCCUGGCUGUGCUGCUGACUGGUGCACCAAGAGCGGCACUGAGGGGAGCCGGGAGAGGCCCUGGCCCUCACCCCCCAUCCCAGAUCCACAUCUGCCCCCUCACUGAUUGCUCGCGGUCCUGGUCCUCAGUUCCUGGGACUAAGAACCACAGCAGCCUGGUUGCCCCUGGGACAGAGGGGCUGAGCCUCACACCAUGUGCCCUUCUCAGCCACCCAGGUCCCGGCUGAAGAUCUCUGCCUGCCUCACCCCGAGGCCUGAGGCUGCACCCGGGCUACCACAUGCCCCCCGCAGAUUCCCACAGACGGAAGGGCGCUGAUGGCUUCCUCCCUUGUGCCAAGUUGCCUGGAAACCCCUGGUCCUGGUGGCCCCUCCUCCACCCCAACUGUGUUCCUCCAGGACCAUUUCCGGGAGACUGCCAGCCUUUGGAGUGCAUCCCUGGAGUUCUGAGAGACUGUGACAUGGGGCUGCAGGGGUGGAGAGGAGCGGAGGACCAGGGGCCUCCUUGGGGCUAAUGCACAAAUGUGUGCACUUUUCAAGUUCACGUCUCACCCUCUGGGUGACUGGAUCCCCAGCUGCAGCCUCUUCCUGAGCCAGCCUGAGAGGACCUGGGGAGGGCACUAGGGAGGUUUUUACUUAAUAUGUGUGUGCCUGUGUGUGAAUGUGUGUGUGAGUGCGCAUGUUGAGUGCAUGUGUGAGUGUGGGAUGUGUGUGAAUUUGCAUGUACAUGCAUGAGGGCUUGAGUGUGUGAGCGUGGGGAUGUGUGUGUGGAUAUGUGAGUGUGGGCUAGUGUAUGGGUAUGAGUGCAGAUGCAUGAGUGCACGGAUGUCUAUGUGUGAAUGUGCGGGUGUGAGAGUGUCUGCGGGUGUGAAUACACAUGUCAGUGUGCAUGUGUGAAUGCAUGUGUGAGUGCACUUGUGUGUGAGUGCUUAUGCACACAUGAGUGGCUAUGCGUUGCAGAAGGUGCUGAGCUGUUUAGUGGGUGUGCUCUGGGGGACGGGCAUCCUGUCCUCCCCAGGCUCCCAGCUCUGUUGGAGCUGCCUGGGCCCUGGGAGGCCGCUUCCCAAAGUGGAGAAAGUAUGUUGGAGAUUCAGGGGCCCCGGGCUCAGAGACCCUUCGUCACCUGCAGAGAAUCCCCUCUCCCCAUGGGGCUCUGGCUGGGGCUGUCCACCCCCAAAGAUAUUGGCCGUGGGAGGGGCGGGGACACGUCCUCAGCACGUGCUCCUGCCACUAUUUUUCUUACCAUUUUGAUCCUGAGUAGUUUGCUGCUUCUGCUCUCCCACCUCUUCCUCAUCUCCUCACUGUGCCUCUGCUGCUCUCUACGCACUUUAUUUAUUUGCAGUCUCGUUUUCCGGCAGUGGAGGUUCUGUGCUAUCACCGACUUGGAUAAGACAGCUUUCCCUUUUCUGUGUGUGAUGAACUCUGCACCAGUCCACGCAGUCUGGUUAGAGAAAUGUUCUUGUUUCCAGUGUUGUCAAAUCUUGUGUCUAUCUAAGUUAAUAAAAAUAAUUAUUUGAGUUCAAUAAAAAA